CGGCGGGGCGCGCCCGCGGGGCCAUGAGGGCGGGCUCCGGCCAUGGCCCAUGGCAGCGCCGCGGUCAUGCUGAAGUGCGUGGUGGUGGGGGACGGCGCCGUGGGCAAGACGUGCCUGCUGAUGAGCUACGCCAACGACGCUUUCCCCGAGGAGUACGUGCCCACCGUCUUCGACCACUACGCAGUCAGCGUCACCGUGGAGGGCAAGCAGUACCUGCUGGGGCUCUACGACACCGCCGGGCAGGAAGACUAUGAUCGUCUGAGACCUUUAUCUUAUCCUAUGACCGAUGUCUUCCUUAUCUGCUUCUCAGUGGUAAACCCUGCUUCAUUUCAAAACGUGAAGGAAGAAUGGGUACCGGAGUUGAAGGAAUAUGCACCUAAUGUUCCCUUUUUACUAGUAGGAACACAGAUUGAUCUUCGUGAUGACCCGAAAACUCUAGCAAGAUUGAAUGAUAUGAAAGAGAAGCCUUUAUCUGUGGAACAAGGACAAAAAUUAGCAAAAGAGAUAGGAGCCUACUGCUAUGUGGAGUGUUCAGCUUUAACACAGAAAGGACUGAAGACUGUUUUUGACGAAGCUAUUAUAGCCAUUCUAACUCCAAAGAAACACACAGUAAAGAAGAGAAUAGGUUCAAGAUGCAUAAACUGCUGUUUGAUCACGUGAGAUGCAUUUGACAAUGGCCAGGCUUACUGUGAAAUUCUAUUGAAUUUAAAUACAACGCGUUAAGUACACAGCAAACUUGUUUGAAAGCUAAAAUAAUGAUUCUGCCUUCUACAAUCAGUGAAAUCCAGAGGAAUACAAUCGAAAUCAAUGAACUUUGUAAUAAGAAGCCACCACAUCUGUUACAAAUAUUUUAUUCAGACUGGAAGGUACAAUCUCUCAGGGUUACAUAGUCUAGAGGAAGCAAAAACUGCACCAUGUUGAAACAGCAUCUGAACGAUGCUAUUGAGUGGAGGUGCUUGGCCUGAAAUACUCGAAAUGAAUUUGGAUAGUCUUCUGCUUUGACUACACAUAUACAUAUAUAUCUAGAGAAAACAAACAAACAACAAAAAAAAAAAAAGAAAAAAGAAAAAAACUUUUGCACAGUCUGUAUGGAAUCUGCACAAAGAAAUACCUUGUCUCUCUUUGCGCCAGUUAUCUGCUUUUGUAUGUAUGCUGCUUCCGGUUCCAGUGUAUCCACAGAGGUGCAAUAAUCAGACCAGCCAUAUAGCCAAAGGUAGCUCCGAGGGAACAUGAAAUGGGCCAUACCUGAGGGGAGAACACAAGGUAAAAGCAGACAAUGAGAAAAAUGUUUGUGUUUUUUGUACUUUGUGAGCACAAAUUCUCCGUGUAAUCUAGGUACUGAAAGACAAUGGAGUCUUAUUCUCUUUAAAGCUUGAUAUGCUUUCCUAAAAAUGCCACAAGUAUCACAAUCAUACGUGCAUCUUCAUGAACACUAAAUGCUGCGGUACAGUUUUGUUGGUUUUUUUCUUUUUUUUUUUUUAAUUUACAUGUAUUAAAAUGUAACCAGGCUUUUGGCUGUUGCAGGCGUUAGCUUGAUAUUCCCAAAACUAUGUGAAAAACUUGGAAGUAUUUAUAUCCCCUGAAGUGUUCAGCUAACUUAGUGCCCUACUGCACACCUCUUGAAACGUACAGAUUUUUUUUUUUUUUUUUUUGGUGACAGUUAGACUUGAUGAUCUUUGUAGGUCCCUUCCAACUGAAAUGUUCUAUUCUAAGUCUGCCUCUUUCCAUUUUUCCUUCCAAUCUUUCACGGCAUUCUGAAACUUUCAGAGGUGUGUCAAAAUAAACUAAUAAUCAAAUAAGGCCAGAAACUGAGAUGAAUAGAGGGUUUUUCUUUUAGACUUGAAAAGUAGGCAAAGAGAUGAAUUCUCCUCUGGCUACAAGAAGGAAGCAAACGUAAGUCUGGAAACUGACUGAACAUCUUGCACCCAGUUCAGGAAAAAUAUAAUAAGCCAGUUAUGUUGAAGACUUCAAGAGAGCUUUCAUUAUAGGCUCUAUUUCCUAACAUAAGAACAGGGAACUGACUCAAUACAGCUGACUCACUUACACAAAGCAUCUAGUAUUGAGGCAAAGAAGUAAUGGAAUCCUCCCCCCUACCACUGUCAAACUGGUAUUGACUUUCAGGGAGGAAGGGCCAAAACAAAACUUUAAAGCAUUCUGAACUCAGAUGUAGCAUAUUUUAACGUCAACUGCAUGUUGGAUUUGAUGAAGGUUCCAACUAAGUUGGUGGUUAAAAAUAUUUAUUGUAGAAUAAACUGAAUUCCCACCUCUCUUCAAAAUUCUCCUUUGCAUAUUGCAGGGACAAUUCUGCACAUCCUGCGGUACAGUCGUUAAGCUAGUACAGACUGCACUGUCCUAUUCUUUAUUUUUUAAAUUGAGGGGGAUAUUCCCCUUCUAUAGUACUUGAGACUGAGAAAUGCACUAGACAUUAAAGAAAAUAUCCCCAUCUCAGUGUCCAGCCUUUUUUUCUACUACAUUUUGACUGGCAAUUCACAAGAAUGAAAUGAACUUACUCUUAAUGGUACUGGUUUCUCCUUUCACUCUUUUUCCUAGAUCUGAUUCUUUUCUUUACUUCGUUCUCACAGGGAGAAAUAGAUUUAUUCACAUCCUUCAAUCAUGGGAAUUUUAGCUAGGAAUAAGAGUAACUUAUUUUUGUCCUCUGCUGUUUCAUCUUCACAUUCCUUAGCAUUUGCAGUUUUACAUAUUAUUUGGAGGUCUUAAGGAGUGUAGCAAAGAUGACUAUAAACAAGGUGCCUUAGGUACUCUUUAUUGACCUUGUUUCAUUCUUCCAUUUCCAAACAUUGUAUCUCCGCUACUUGGUUUUGUUGCCAGAAUGUUUUGGCUGUUGCCUCCCAAACCAAAGACUUGCUUGUUUCUAUUCAGUUAACAGUGGCAUUGUAGGCCUUCUAUAAAAAGCCUUGAGAUGCUUUGGCACGGUAAGAUAUUAUGUAUAUUUAAAACUCACAUGACUUUGUGGCCUUGGCUAAACUUAUGCUUCAGGUAGAUCUUUUCAACUUUUAAAAGAAAUGUAAUUAAGUUAUUUCUAACAUUUUGCAGGCUAUUUUAAGUGUCUAAAGGACAAAAGAGCAAAAAAGUCCCUGAGACCCCAGUUACUCAGUAACGUUCAGUGGAAACAGUAGUCAAACUUUCUUAUCCACUGGUGAAGUGAAAUAACCAUUCUAACAAAACUAAUGACAGAGGCUUCAUAACUCAGUGGUCUUCUUUUGCAUCGAAUUCUCUGUGAGUGAUCAAUGAUACUUCAUUAAAUUUUACCUACAUUAGGUGAAUCUAUAGUAGCCAAAUUGCUUUUCAGAAGUACAAGUAGAUGUCAGACUGAAUUUUCCAUGUUCCCUUAACGAGUAGGUCAAUAUCUCUGACGACCCAUUCACUCUGUAUCUUUUGGUAUUGUGUGUAUAGUGAGCAAUUGUUGAAAUGAUUAAAAUGAUCUCUGUUGAU